AUGUCAACGCAGUCCCUCUUGAAGGAGUUUGUUAGACUUGUGAGGUUCCAGCGGACGUGGGGGCAAAACCUACGGAAGUUAUACUUCUACUGCAGCACUCAUGUGUUGGGGUGGCCAAGCCUUACCGUCGACUGGAUUUCGGGGCGCCGAACGGAGACUAACGGGUGGAAUUGCACCCUGCAGUAUCUUGCGGUUGGUACGCAGGCAUUUUGUGGUAGGCAAAAUUAUGUGCGUGCCAUUGGGGUGGCGGUGGCCAAUGAACCGGAUGAAGUGGGUGCAGAGGAGUACUCAUCUACAGGUAACAGUGUCAGUCGCGGGGUAGUGCAGGAGGUGGGGGCAAAUUCUGAGACGCGGGUUCGAAGUGUGUGUGGCCACUGUGCUGUGGAAGAAACAAUCCAUGUAGAUGGCGUGGUGUUAAAAACAAGAUCUAUGCCGCAGAACUCAGACAUCAUUGCUGUACAAACAGCCUCAGGAUGUGUAGGUGUAUACAAUCUUCUUCACUGCAGCGGAGAGGAGGGGGUGAUGCCGUUGUACCUGAUGCUUUGCUUCCUGCAUACGAGAUGGGUGGUUUUGCUCUGA